GCCACAUCGGCACUGGAACACUGCCACUUCAACAGUUUACCACUGCCAUGUCAGCAUCGGUCAGUGUCAUGUCAGCAAUUGCACCGCUGUGCCAUGUCAGAAUGCCGCGUAGUGCCUGCUUCCCGGCCGCUUCGGUACCAUGUUCCUCGAACGGCAGGAUGGUGCGUUGCCUGCGCACUGCUUGCCUAUUCUCCAUGGCUGAGGCCUUUGACCAGCAAAUGCAGGAAGAGGAUGCUGCUAGGCAGCGACAACCGCAAGAAGAGGAAGAACAAGGCCACCCGCAGGAAGCAGCACAUCGUCAAGCCCCUACAAGAGGCUACUGAACUGGUGGAGGCUGAACACAUGGCACUGGGGGAAUCGCUUACCAUAGAGGAUUCCCACUGUCUCACUGUCGCAUGGUUUACGGCCACGUGGUGCGGCCCUUGCCGUCAGAUCACUCCGGUGGUGACUAAACUCAACAACGAUUACCCACUUGUGAAGUUCUUGAAGAUUGACGUUGAUGAGAAUCAAGAUCUUGCGCUCUCGGAGGGCAUACAAUCCGUGCCAACCUUUCGAUUCAUCAAGGCUGGCCGGCAGGUUUCUGAGAUCAAAGGUGCAAAUGCUCUUUCUCUAGAGGCAACUGUCAAGAUGUGGGCGUGAUUUUCGUCCAGUCGACUUCUUUCAGUGACCAUUCAACCAGUUUCCGAGAACUGGAAUGCACUUUCCAAAUUGCUCAAGGCACACUCUACUGCAAAGCUGUCUACAGGCAGAUUCGCAAUUUCACAACGCAUUGCAAUUCACACCUGAAGUUUUACCAUAACUUGUACAGGGAUUGGUAUGGCUUUUCAAGAUCAAUACCACAGCAAGCACCUGCUUCAAGACUCCUCUGUGCAAGCAGCCCGGUUCAGACGUCAACAUGGCCACAUGAUUGAAAUAGCCACGUGAUCGACAUUUGCAGACUUCUACAUAGUCAAACUUUGUGAAGUCACUGUAUUUCCCAUGUCUGCACAGACCCCGCUGCACGAGAUGAGAAGCCACUUGACCUGCUAUUGCCAACUGUGCGUACUCAUAGAUAGGCUGACGAUGAACUAGUUGAGGUUUGUAUGGUAGAGGACAAAUGUUUUUUUUCUUCUUCUUCUUUUUUGCAAAACCAGCGGCCUCUGCUAGCAGGGGUGAUUAGAGCAAUGUUACUUUUAACUGGUCCGGUUCAUAUGGCACGGGAGAGAAGAUGGGCAAAUAAUAGGCUAGCUAACCGAGAUGAGAGAUACGCCAUCAAUCUGUGCUCUCAGGACAAUAAAAGACAGUCCAGAGG